AUAGUAGAGAUGAAGUUCUGUAACGAGUUGCGACGACGAACCAGUGUGGUCACGUAAGCCCACCAUACCGCAUGGUGGAUACAUGUUUCCUUUAACUCGACGUUGUAUAAAAUGCUAUAAUUGUGUAUUGUUGUUAUUUUGCAAGGGACACAACGAUCUUGUGGAGCAGCCACCUCCAGCCUUGCAUACGACUGCUGGCAUAUCCUAAUUUUGCUUGAAUAUUGUUGGAACAUAAUUAAAUCAUAAUCUAUAUAAUCAAAAAGAAAUUGGAGCUUCUACUAUCUGCUCCUUAAUAUUAAAGCACUAUUAAAAAUGAAGUGGUCACCUGGUGCUUUAUUCUGCGAACAAGUUGGUGAACUUACUCGAGUUUUCUCACAAUGGAAUGAAUGUGAACAAACUGUGGUUUUAUAUGCACUACUUCGUCGUAUUCCUGCAGUUCAAGCAAGGUUUCUUGCACAAGCAGUGCAGCAUUCCUUGCACUCUGUUUCUGAAUUGGACACACAGGAAUUAAAUGCCAAUAAUCCAGCAUUUAUUAAUUCAUUACUCUCAGAAUCAACUGAAGUUGCUAUAAAUCAACUUCUAACACAUUUGCCAUUAUUAAGGCCUGGGAAUAUAGAGUGCAAACAAUGCUACUUGGUAGCAAUACCAGAAUUAGUAAGCCACUGUGUAACUACAGGACAAUAUACUGAACAAACUCAACAACUUUUAAGUUAUUGUUUGAUUCAUCCAGCUAUAACUAGUCAAGAUAGACGUUCUUUAACACAGUGGCUUCGGCAUCUUGAAGAACGUAUUAGUGGUACACCACCAAUACAUGGUCUUGAAGAGUAUACUAAUACUACUAUUAGAUGGGAUAAUGCUUGGCAGCGAAAUUCUAAACAGCAAAAUGAACAAACAAAUUUGUUUGGCACACAACCCGGUACUGCCUUCAAUUUACAAUUUCCGCCACCUGUAACUCGUCAGCGCCGAUCGAACAGUUUAACACCACCCGUCGCUCCUCCUCAUCAUUUAGAAGUUGUUGAUCGCACGAAUAAUGUAAAUUGCACAACUAAACACAAGCCACGUAGUUUUAGCGUAUCUGGAGAUCAUGCAAGCAAUCUUAUUGGACUAGGCCCACUGAGUCCUCAAAGUUCUUGUGCAAGUAGCGGCAGCGAAGGACGUUUAGAUGAAACAUCUAAUCGAUCGCUAGCUAGUGGAAUGAGAGACGUUCCAUCGUGGCUUAAAACUUUGCGUCUUCAUAAAUAUAGUUAUUUAUUUGUCACUCUUAGUUAUGAAGAAAUGCUACAAUUAACUGAAGAACAAUUAGCAGAACAGGGUGUGACGAAAGGGGCCAGACAUAAAUUAGCCCUUUCUAUUGCAAAAUUACAGCAGCGAUAUACAACACUUUUAAAUUUAGAAAAAGACUUAUUGCAACCAACGCGUGAUAAUACACAAUCGGCUUCGUUUUUACAAGGACCAACAGUUCUGGUCAAUACGAUUGAUGAAUUAAAGACCAUUUUAGCUACACCUAUGAAACCAAGUCAGGAAAAUGAUCCUCAAGAUAUACCUGCUCAAUUUACCAAAGUUCUUGGUAAAUUGUGUAGUCGAUUGGCACUGGAUAGCGUAGAUGACGGUAUUUUAUGCGCUUGUAUUAACAUAUUAGAAAAAGUAUUGCAACACGAUUGCUUUACUCCAAAUCAAAAAGAAAAAAUACAACAGUGGCGCAGUAGACUUGGAAAUCCACGACCAACUCCAAAAUGGCAACAUAAUUACGGAUAUAAUAAUAGAAGGUAUUGUAAUCCACAGCAACACAAUAGAAAACCAAGUUUAAACUUAGGACACAUUCAUAAUACACACCCGCAAAACAAUUCUUUUGUGGUUAGCACUCAUAGAAACAGUAUAUCUACCCCAUAUUUACAAAAUAAUCAGAACCAAAGUGUAAAUCAGAAUACUUUACGUCCAGUUCACGCGACCAAAAAACGACCUAGUUUACAAGAAUCUAGUUUACAGCAAUUACAAAGAACAUUACAGCGCACAUACAGUGCACCAAGGGAUCAUUUUCUUAGUCCAAGUAGCAACAACGCAUCUGAAACAACGGAACCAGAAAUUAACUCUCGUCUUGAAUCUCUUUGUUUAAGAAUGACAGAACAAGCAAUCGGUGGUUUCGGCGAGGCCUAAUAAUUUCUUCGUUUUUUUCGUUGACUGGAUCUACACAGUAAGUCCUGUUAAAAAAAAUUAUAUACAUGUCCGAGCUCCGUUCUUUCAAAGCCGAAGGCUAGACUGACUUCCGUACAUGUUGCGAAUAUGAAGAGAUUCCACCAGCAGUGAUAAUGCUGACAAGUUGCACGUACAAACGUGCACACAUUCUCACGCUUUAAUAGCCCUACCAAAUGAAAUGUCUAAUAUUUGAGACAUUACACCAUAAGAACUCAGUUUUGUGACGUCAGAAUGACGCGUGAAGAAAAACUAAAAAAAACUAAAAAAAAACUAAAAAAACUAAAAAAAAAAAAAAAAANAAUUUUUAUUAUAUCCGAUGCAAUUAUUAUACUAUUUAAUUGAAACUGACAGAAUUUGGCAAGCCAAAUGCUAUUAGGAAGAUAGAUUCUUUCCUUGACUAAUUGCUGCAUCUAUAUAAAUGUAUUAUAUAAAGAAUAUAUAUAUGUAUACACAUAUGAUAGAAUUUUACGGGAAGCGGAUAAAAAAAAAAAA